GGAUACGGAUACAUGUCUAUGAGCUCCGGCAACAGAUGGCGGUGGACUGCGCCUGCGGUGCCAGUCUGCUAGGGAGGAGGCGAGACGAGACGAGCAACCACAAUUUGUGAACUUAAUGGGAAAUAUGGAGGGACGCUAAGUGACCUGACCUUCAUUGUAAAUGUUCCGCCCCACAGUCCGGUCUUUUUGAGGGGUUUUAUUCUGGAUGUCCGCUGGAGGCCGCAGCAGAAGCCUCGGGCUAGAUUUACCAACACACGGAGGAGUCGAGCGCCAGGACCGGCAGGCGUCUAUGGGAUUGUUUUGAAAAGUGGCAUAACAUGUAUUUUUUUAGGCUUUGUUCUUUUGGAGUAUUGGCAACUGCGUUUUGCAUGGACAGUUCUGUUUACAUCAUAAGAAAAAAGUUGAUUUUCUGUGGAGUAUAGAAAGUUGGGAGCAGAUAAGUAGUUGCUGCUGGUGGAGGAUCUCAGGGUUUAAAUAACUGGUUUCACUACAAGAGUGUGGAGUUUCCCAGCAGAAGAGCCUGGAAACCUGCUGGUCUGUCCCUGCUGGUCCUCACAUGGAUGUCCUGUUGACCACCGGCCGCCGCUAGCCGCAGACCUGUGCGCUGCUCGGACUUUGUCUGCGUCAGUGUGAAGUUCCGGCCCGGGGAUGGGGAACACGGUGUCCUGCUGCGUCUCCCCCGAGUCCAGCCCCAAGCUGCCGUCACGGCAGCCGGCCGCGCGGCUGGAGGAGCUGCAGAGCAGCACGGAGGGGAGCGACGACACCAGCGCGCCCUACCUGCAGCACAUCAGCGACCGCGAGGUCCCGGAGGAGCUGGCCCUGGAGUCCAACCCCUCAGACCACGCCCGAGCCAGCACCAUCUUCCUCAGCAAGUCCCAGACCGACGUGCGAGACAAAAGGAAAAGCAACCACAUAAACCACAUCAGUCAUGUUUCUCCUGGUCUGCUGUCUAAGAAGUACAGCUCCUGUUCCACCAUCUUCAUAGACGACAGCACCGUCAGCCAGCCAAACCUCAAAAGCACAAUCAAAUGUGUCACUUUAGCAAUAUACUACCACAUCAAGAACAGGGACUCUGACCGAUCACUGGACAUCUUUGAUGAGAAGUUGCACCCCUUAUCAAGAGAGCCGGUGCCAGACGACUACGCAUACGUAGACCCAGAACACAAGCUGAUCUACCGCUUCGUCAGAACGCUCUUCAGUGCUGCUCAACUCACUGCAGAAUGUGCCAUCGUCACACUGGUGUACCUGGAGCGUCUGCUGACCUACGCUGAGCUGGACAUCUGCCCAGCCAACUGGAAACGCAUCGUUCUGGGAGCCAUCCUGCUGGCCUCCAAGGUCUGGGACGACCAGGCCGUCUGGAACGUCGACUACUGUCAGAUCCUGAAGGACAUUGCUGUGGAGGACAUGAAUGAGAUGGAGCGCCACUUCCUGGAACUCCUGCAGUUCAACAUCAACGUGCCGGCCAGCGUUUACGCCAAGUACUACUUUGACCUGCGGCAGCUGGCUGACGACAACAACAUCAGUUUCCCUCUGGAGCCGCUCAACAACCAACGAGCACAGAAACUGGAGGCCAUUUCCAGACUGUGUGAAGACAGAUACAAGGAGCUGAGUCGAGCAGCCAUGAGACGAUCCCUCAGCGCAGACAACCUCAUCGGUAUACGACGCUCCAACGCAGUGCUCUCCUAGGCCGGCCCGGCGACCUCUGACCUCUGCAGGCCCGCUAGCCCACGGCCAGCCCCGGACAGACACUCAGAAGUCCCGGCAGCUCCGACCCGCUCCCUGGGUUAUUUCUAUAACGCUGCAGCUCCGUCACGGUCGGCUCUCACACUGGGCUGACAGCUGAAAUACAGCACGCAACUGUCGUUUUUACACAUCACUUAUUUAUUUCUUACUUGUCCUUUUACUUUCAAGAAAAAAGUGUUAAAUAGGGAAGAAAUUAAUGAAUGUGGGAUAGACUUUGAACUGUAAUACAUGUUUAAAUGAGCCCCUCUAGCCCGGAACAAGGUUGGUGGUGUUUGUGUUCUUUUUCUUUGGCCCGAGCGUAAAAAAGAUCCAAACCAACAUUGUUUUACUGAAGAUGGACUCGGCCUCUUUACGUUACACCAUUACGUUGGAGAGCAAAACGUGAGCUUGGUUAAGUCUGUGCAUGUGUUCACGGGGAACGUUUGGUUUUAUGGCUAAAAAACAUGAAACUGGCAGAUAAAGUGACUUUUUUCCCCUUUUUAGGAAUCGUCAGAGUGGAUCUUGUUCCGCAUGUUGAUUCGGCCUCUGUUUUACGUCUAUAUAAUAAUAAUAAUAAUAAUAAUAAAAUAAUAUUUCACUCUAGAGACGAUUUAGACUCAGUUACAAAGAGUAAGUGUAGUUUAAGCUUCAGUUUUCCUGUAGUAAUAAUGAUGUACAACAUGUGACCAACACAGACAACAGCAGACACGCCACUCUCUAGAAGUGGAUACAAGUUGUAAACUAUAAACCUUAGUUUUCCUGUGGAAAGAGGAAUUAAAUCUUAAAAUAAAAACUAAUUCUGAAUGAUCAAGAGUAUUUACAUUAAACGGUAGUAUCUCAGAGGAGCGAGUGUCUUCCUGUUUCCACACAAAACCCCUCAGUCUAAUGUUGGUUUGGUCUUUUCCAGGGCUUCAGUUUAACAGUACGAGACAUCACCAGUCUUAUCCUCCUGUUCUGUUUAUUUUAAUUGGAAUGAAAGUAAAACAAUGUUGUGUCUGAAUUAGUCUGAAUACCAAAGGUUCCUUUUGAGGGCGUAAAUCAUGUUUCUUCACCAUCAACACCAGUAAUGUCUGAUUUAGUUUGAUUUUCUACGGUUCUGGACGGAGCACACAGCAUGUGUCCUACAAUUAGGUAUUUAAGGAUAAAUACUAGAACACAGCAGUUGGUUGGAGUAAAUAAACUAGUGAUGCACCGAAAUUAAAGUUUGUGGCCAAAACCGAUAAUAAUAAACACUUGGCCGAAUACCGGAUAACAAACCGAACAUGGUGCUCAGCAGUUUUUCAUUUAUUUUGCCAAUUUUUUCAACAUUGCAUAAAUCAAAUAAAUGUGCUUUAGACAUGCUUUUCAAAGAAAACAAAUCUUUUACAAAAUUCCAAGGUAGAAAUAUUUAUUGAACAUGAACAACUGAACAUUUUUUAACUUCCCAGCAUGUUUUUAAAUAUUUCAGCAGACAUUAUACCAACAAAGCACAAUAACUUAAAAUAAAUAAAUUAGCAAAAUAAAUUAUUUGGCCAUGUUUUAGCUUAAGCCUAUAACUGACUGCUGAAAAAUUGUAACACAGGCCUUAAAACAAAAAAAAAUGCAUUGAAUGCAUUAAAGUGCAUUGUAAAAAAAAAAAAAAAAAGUGCAAAAGUAGUGGAUAAACCCACAACAAAUUAAUAAUUGUCCUAGGCAUUGAUUGCAAACUGCAAAAAAUCAAGAAUAUUUGACUUAUUUCUAGUUAAAAUGUCUAAUUUCUAGUCAAAAAAAUCUCAUUACACUUAAAACAAGAGUCAUCACUGGAAAAAACAACAAUUUUCACCUGUUUCAAGUUGAUUUUCACUUAAAAUAAGUAGAAAAAUCUGCCAGUGGAACAAGAUUUUUUUGCUUGUAAUGAGAAGAUAAAUCUUGUCCCACUGGCAGAUCUUUCUACUUAUUUCAAGUGAAAAUUUACUUGAAACAGGUGAAAAUUGUCAAAUAACAAGUUAUUUUUCUGGUAAUGACUUGUUUUAAGUGUAAUGAGAUUUUUUUAGAGACAUUUUAACUAGAAAUAAGACAGAUAUUCCUGGUAAGAUUUGAGUUUUUGCAGUGCAAACAGCCAUUCUUGUAUCAUUAAUUAAUUGUUCGGUUUUUUCCCCACUUAUUCCACAGAACACUGAAAGUUUUUUUUGCUAUUUUUGGCCGAACAUUCGGUGCAUCUCUAAAAUAAACCAUCAUUCAACUGUUGUUUAAGCACCAGGAACGGGAGCGCUGCCUGUGGGAUUGGUGUGACAUUAAAUGUGUAGGGGACGAUGGAUGGUGGUGUAAAGUGGGGGGGGGGGUCCACACUGCUGAGCCCUCGCAUCCUGACCUUGCCUCAAAGAGCUGGGGGUGAUGACCUUUCCUGUCCUUACCCCGGGGGGCCCCGGCCCUGCACAUACGAUGCUCAGAGCGUCUAUGGAGAGACGAUGCACACGCCCCUGGUUUUUGCUUACUAUGUAGGCUUCUAGCUGUGAACUGUAUCUUCUUUUUAAUUGAAAGAAAAAAUAAUUUGCAAAUGCAGUAUUUUAAAUAAACACUAAUCAUAUAAUGA